AUGCGUGCUAAUCCCCUCAUCCUCGCCGUUGCCGUUGCCGGAAGCCUAGCGAGCGUCGCCUCCUUUCGCAGUGUCGCCCUGCAAGACCGCGAGAUCCAGUACUGUGGAGCCGCAGACCAGCCGACGAUUCGAACCUGCGGUGAUCCAGAAGUAGGCCCGGGCAUCUGGGUGACCAACCACGACAAGAACCCCAAUGUCAAGUACUUCCUGUACGAGAACAGCCGCGACGAGCACCCGUGGAAAUACCUAGAUAUACCACAAGGCACGCGCGCCUUCCUCCAAGUCUGCCCCACCUUCCAGGGACGCAUGGUGCGCGGUACCGUGGCCGUCAAUACGAACAACAUGCCACACAUGCUGGGCACGUGGAUAGAGUUCUCGAUCGUGGGCGGCACCAUCUGGGGCGACAUCAGCUUCCUCGAGGGCAGCGACGGCGGCGCCCUCAUGGCGACGACGGACGGCAGCGGCUUGGUCCGGGAGUGCGUCGUGGAUCUCCUGACCGCCGCGCCGAGCCACGUGCUGCGCGUCAAUGAUGCGGGCGUUGCCGUUGUCGACACGGUCGUGGACAAGCCGUGGCGGGCAACCAACCACGCCGCGAGGGCCUGGCUGAAUGCGCGCUGCGAUGAGAACCAGAUCUAUAUCCAGGAGCCGAACCAGGCGAUAAUCGCGUCGUCGGACGGAAGGUUCGAGGUCAUGAUGGUGGAUGGUGUCGCUUGA